AUGAUUAACCGGAACAACGUGGUGUCUGGCGGAAGCACCGGCCUGAUAGAGCUCAUGCCCUGUGGGAACGUCAGAAAAUGCGCCUAUCCCAAUGUUGAGACGCGAAAACAAAGUUUGCGGGACCUAGAACGCGAGUUUCAAAUAUACAAAAGGCUUCCGCGACACGACCGCUUGCUACAAGUCAUCAAAUACUCUCCCGAAGAUGGGCUCUUCCUCCCCUACAUGCCAAGGGGUAACUUGCGAGAGCAUAUCAAGAAAUUGAGCUCAAGUAUCACCGUUUCCCAGAAAUUGCAAUGGGUUUACGACGCUGCCGAAGCCCUUCACGUCCUCCAUUCUCAUGGCAUCAUUCACUGCGAUGGCACUAGAUUCUGUCUACCACGGUCGUGGGAUGACGCGUCAACCGUCAGGACCGACCUGUUCGCCCUCGGCUCCACUAUUUAUGAGAUCAUGACUGGCGAGCAGCCCUACAACGACCUCCCUGACGAUGAGGUUGAGACUAGAUAUUCUCGGCUAAUGUUUCCAGACGUACAAGCCGUUCGUUGCGGACAGGUUAUCAAUGCCUGCUGGCGAGGCGAGAUCAAAACCGCGAAGGAAGCAAUGGAACUGAUCCAAUAUGAGAUGGAAAAGCCUCAAUGAGUUACGCUACGCAGCCACACCAAGGAUACAGCUGGACUGUACAUUCCUUCAUAGAAAGGUGAACCCUGAAUUACCUAGCUCCCCGACAGGCAUUCUUACCGGACUGCUCGGGAACCAGCCACCUGGUUCCUCUUUCAUAUUUGGUAGCAUACGGUGAGGUAGCGGAGAGUCCGGUAGACAACUGGCCCGACCUAUGGCAUCCCGUGCUCGGCAAAUCAUCCGGCUUGGCCAGGAUCUGGGAUACCGGCAUUGGAUCGUUUAUGAUUGACCACGGCGU